AUGUCGGCUACCGAAACCACUGCUGCUCCAUCUGCUGCGCUAGACACGACGGUAUCCUGCACCGAACUAGACGUUUCCAAGCUCCAUGCUCUCCCCUCCGAACAGCAAGAGUUAUAUCUCCUUACCUUCACCGCAGACCUAGUUCAGUAUACCGCAACGCUUGAUAAGACGGGACUAAUCUCUCAACAACGAUUUAUUAUUCAAGAAUUAUUUAAAAUUUUAAAACUUUCGUCACCUAGCCCUACUAGAGUUAUACGAAACAAUGUUGGCCGAUGUUUCAGUGCUAUCUUCAGCAAAGGGGACCGAAGUACACUCUACGACACGGUGACACAACUCUUGGGGAUACUUAAUGCCGGGAAGAAUGACGCGGAACUAAAGACGAAGUAUGCAGCCGCCGUUGCGAUAGGGGACAUAUAUACGGGUGCUGGUGACAGCCUUUUUACCCAGUCGAAUGUCGUCUGCUCCGCGUUGUUGAAACUCUUUAAAUCCGCCCAAAACCAUGCUGGAUUAAGGAGUUCGCUAUAUACUGCCUUAAAAAAAGUCAUUGCGGGGAUUGGUUCUCCCUUGAUUGAAUCGACAGCGAAAGAUAUCUGGAAACAUUCUCGACAUGCAGCCACGAACGAUAAGGCCAUCGCUGUGCAAGCUGGCGCCUGCUAUUGCCUUGAACAGUUGAUUAAAACCACUCCUUAUUUUGGCACACUGAGUGAUUUUGAGGGUCUGAAAGUUACUAUUUGGAAAGUCAUCGAGAGUCCUAGCCCUUCUGUAAGGCAUGCGGCCGCCUCCUGUCUUGCUGCCUUUCUCAUUAAAGCUUGGGCCCACGGACGUCAAACACAGAAUGUGCCGACCAUUCGACGGCCCAAGAAGCAACCCAAAAAGAAACCAACUUCUGCUGAUAAUGAUGAGGCACCAGAGAGAUCGCAGUCUCCUUCAAGUCGAAAAGCGGACGUUCACGUUUCAUUUCAACUUUCUGACCUCCUGAAACAACUUUCAACUCAAUAUUGCAGAAGUUCAACAGGAAAUCGAGCUAGGGCAGGAAUUGCCGUGUGCUAUAAACAGAUCCUGAGAAAUAUUGGAGACAACCUUGUUGAAGAACAUUAUACCGAAAUUGCUGGUCACUUUCUCGUCACUCUUCUGAAUCACCCAACCAUUAAUUAUAAUCGCUAUCGUCUCCUCAUGACUAGUAAAUAUGUAAAGAAUCUCUUGGAGGAUACCGUUGGCCGUGAAAUCCUUCGAGAGAAUAGUCAACUCAACGCCGCGAAGUGGCUGAUUAAUGGCGUGCUUAAAGAUUAUCCACAGGUAGUCCAGGAACGACCUGAGCCUAGCAAGCAUACGUUAAUAGGCGCUCUAAGUGCAUUGUCUUCUAUCAUAUCAUCCUUAGGCUCAGCACUUUCGGUGAUUGGGGACAGCUGUCGAGACGCACUCCUCCAAGUCCUCCAACACCCCGGUUAUACCGUUCAGAUACACACUACUCAGUGUCUGCGCAACUUUGUACUUGCAUGCCCUCAGCAGCUUCUCCUCUGUGUAACAGUCUGCAUGAAUAGCCUUAACAGGGAGCUUGGCCAACUGUCCACUCCACGGCAGUCCACACGACGAUGUCUUGGAUAUGCCCACGGGCUUGCGGCGAUGUUAAGCACAUCUCGUCUCCAACCACUUUAUGGUUCAGUCGACGUGUACGCCCAGGUCCUAUCGCGAGCCACAGAUCUUUUGAAAUCAAGUGGCAGCUCUGAACUGAGGAUUGCAAGCACUCAGAUUCAGAUAGCUUGGGUUUUAAUUGGCGGCUUGAUGCCCCUAGGCCCUAGCUUUACUAAAAUACAUCUCAACCAGCUCCUCCUGCUAUGGAAAAAUGCUCUUCCAAAACCUCUGCCUAAAGAUAAUUUAGCACAACGUGGUACUCUAGAGAUGAGCUUUUUGGCCCAUGUUCGGGAAUGCGCUCUUAGCUCGAUCUAUGUGUUUUUAGAAUUUAAUAGCAAACUCGUUACUGCGGAUGGGUCAAGGCGCAUUGCCACGAUGCUACAGAACACAGUUAUGUUUUUAGACAGCCUUCCGAAACUCAAAUCUGCGGAGGAUAUAUCUCAACGAUUAUCACCCUCGCUACAACUAAAAGACUUUGCUACCAUGAUUCGUCGGCGUGUAUUGCAAUGCUUUUCGAAAUUAAUCAACCUGGAACAUGCAAAUCCAGAGGUUCUUUCACUAUCAAAUAUCUUAGGUCUGGCAAUCUCGUCUUUCGCCGAUCCAGAUGUUAUUUCGGCAAACCCGUUUGAUACAUCUAUCGCUGCUUCAACUGCUCAUUUUGACAAUCUUUGGGAUCUCGAUGACAAUUUUGGUUUUGGAGUUACUGGCCUAGCACACGAGUUUGCCGUCGCGACCCUCUCAGGGCAUCAUAAAGGAGACAACUCUCAUGGUUGGAUGGCGAUGGAGUCAUCGGACCAAACAAUAGACAAUCUGUUAAUGUCCCCAACAUGUCAAGCGAUGGAACACGACUCUGUACUCUUAUAUGCUGUUACUGAUCGAAAAAAUGGCAUGUAUACCGACCCACCAGACACUGAAGUCGUGAAUGCAGCUAUCGCUCUAUUCGCAACGGCUCUGCCGUUGCAGUCCCCGAAAGUUCAGGAAAGUAGUUUGGAGCAAAUAGCAGCCUUACUCUCAGCCCAAAGUCUCAACCGCAAUCCAGGACGCAAGUCAGCUAUGACAGUUAAUAUUGCUAUAGCUCUACUAUUUACUCUUAAAGUUGCACUUAAUGAGACCCGAUCCGCUCCAGGAAGCCUAAAAUACCCUGCAACAGAAAAGGUUAUGCAAGAGCUUAUACAGACUUUCACUACUCAUCCUGAUCCAAUUGUGCGGUGUAUAGGGUGCGAAGCAUUGGGUCGUUUAUGCAAUUUAUCCGGAAACUCAUUCACUAGUAACCAGAUCAACUCUCUUGUCGAUUCGAUCGUGGAAAAUCGUGAUCCUGGAACCCGUGCUGGAUGCGCUAUAGCUCUAGGUUGCAUUCACUCUCAAGUCGGUGGUAUAGCUGCCGGUUUCCAUUUACAGACUAUUGUCGGUGUCCUCAUGUCGCUUUGCAGCGACCCUCACCCUGUGGUGCAUUUCUGGGCUCUUGAAGGGCUAGGAAAAGUGGCAUGGUCCGCUGGGUUGACCUUCUCUGCCUAUGUAUCAAGUUCUCUCGGCAUGCUGGCGAGGUUAUAUAUUUCAGACAGCCACAAUGAGGAGGCUUCAUCUUUGGCAACAUCCAACCUCGAGGUCGCGUUUCCAUCAACUGUAGCUAUCGGCCGAUGUGUUGAGUCGCUUAUCAAUGUCCUCGGUCCUGAUCUACGGGAUAUUUCAAAAACUCGGGAACUGGUUUUCACUCUCGUUAAGGAAUUUCAGUUAGAGAAAUCUACGGCUCUGAUUGCGGAGAGCUCAAAGUGCUUGGAUCACCUAUCUCUAUACGCUCCGAACCACAUGGACUUCUCUGCAUAUGUUCGGUGGCUUCAGCUGGAACUUGGAUCAAAGAAUGCGCUGAUUCGGGAUGCUGCUAUUCGGGGUUUCAAUAACUUGAUGAAGAGGGAUGCCGAUUUGGUCACUAGAACUGCAUCUCCUGGUCUUGAGGAUGAAUUAUGGCUUGCUUUUGACAAUGCGUCGGAUAGUGAGGUACUCAAAAACAUUAUCCGUAACUGGUUGCAACAAACUGGACUUACAGAUACCGAUAAUUGGAUACAGAGGUGUCAAAAAGUUCUUAUGAAGACCCGAUCCAAAGUUGAUGAUGCGCCUGCACCCACAACAGUAAAUACUGCCGCUCCUCAUGAUAUUCCAGAUGACGAAGUAGCAGGAUUUGCCACUGCAGUUGUAGGCGACCAUGGCGAACCCGUCAAUAAGUCCACCGCUGGCCAAGAGCUGCUGAAAUGGCAAACAAGAAGUUUCGUCAUGAGCUGUCUAAGCGAACUUUUGUCAAUGGUCAGCAAAAAAUUAUUGCCUGAUCAGACUAUACCUGCGGAAAUGGCGUUACAAGAGAGGAUUGGCGAUAUUAUUCGAAUGGCAUUUUCUGCAUCGACUGCCCAGGUAAUUGAACUUCGGAUCUGGGGUUUGAAGGUAAUUGAUCAGGUAUUAAAGAUGUUCGGCAAAACCCCAGAUCCUGAUUUUUCAGAAGUUUCACUCCUGGAGCAAUAUCAAGCUCAAAUUAGCUCCGCGCUAACCCCCGCCUUCGCUGCGGAUUCAUCCUGCGAGCUGGCUUCGGAGGCUAUCAAUGUUUGCGCUACUUUUGUUGGCACAGGGAUCGUAACUAAUGUAGAUCGGAUGGGUCGCAUUUUCAAGUUGCUAGUUGUUGGGCUGGAAAACUUUGCGAAAAAAUCAGAAAUCAGAGAGAUUGGCGAUCUCAAGGGGCUAAACUCCAAUGCACGUGUCAUGGUGAAGUUAGCUUUAUUCUCUGCGUGGGCUAGGUUACAGAUAGCCAGCAAUGACCAAAAUUACCUGGCUGAGAUCGUUCAACCGUUCACUGCUAUUCUUACCCCCUUGUGGCUUUCUUCCCUCCAAGAAUUCGCACGCCUGAGAUUUGAACCUGAAAUUUCGAUCGCACUUGGGCCAAGCGCUUCUGACAAUUUGGACGACGUCUAUGCAUCCUUGAACCGAGAAACUUUGUUGAAAUUUUAUCAAGAUUCCUGGUUAAAUCUAGUUGAUGCUAUUGCGAGCCUAGUCGAAAAAGACAGUGAAUUUGUCUUUGAUGCCCUUGAUGGGAAAAUCGAAUCUCCAAAGGAAGUAACUGAUGCCGAUAAGCCUCAGGUAAAUGGGGAGAAGAAGGGAAAAGGAAACCAUAUCAAUUACCGCGACGAACCAGUGGCAUUCUUUUUUGUUCUCUUCGGUCUUGCCUUUGAGGCUCUUGUUGCGCAAAGCAAUAGCCACUCAAAUCAGAGACUGGAGAUUCUACGGGCUUUGCAAAAGAUCCUACAUCCCUCCGUUGCUGGGAAUGCCGUUUAUCAAGACGCUGUAUUUUCUGAAACUAUGGAUACCUUGGACAGACUAGCAAUGACCGAAGGAUUUAGUAUACAGACUGUCAUUGUUCAAAUUGCCCGCAACUUGGCUCUCCAUCAUCAGUCCGCGUCAAGCAACGAGGCGCGACCCGAAAAUCUCUCGGAUGAUAUCGAGCAACUGUUCGAACUCACGCGGAACAUCAUUCUAGUCCUUGCUGGACUCCUCCCAAACCUAGGCGAAUCUUCCAAGCCCUCACGCUUCCACGUAUCUGACGACGCUGCUUCCCUCAUCAAACUAUCCCUCUCUUCGCUGGUCGACAUUACAUACGUUUUCCCCUCCAUAAUCCGCUCAGACCUCCGUGCCUGCAUCUUGCACAUAUUCACCACAAUCCUGGCCACAGGCAUCUGCCAGGCUGAAGUCGUCCCUCAAGCCCUCCCAAUCUUCCACCGCUUCAUCCAGGGAAUCUCUUGCCCUCCACCGCCAAACACCUCCCCAAUCCCAACAACCCCUGCCCUCUCCAUGCACCCUCCUCCCUCCGAGGAUCCGCAAAUAGUGUCCCGCCAAAUCCGUGGCUGCAUCUCCUGUCUCCUUCAAACUCUUACAAUCGCCCAACGCCGCGAAUCGGAAACAUCUCUCCCUUGUGCCAAAAAUACUCUCCUCUCCCUAACCAUCAUCCUCACAACUAGCAGUCACCAAAUCCCACCACAAGACCCCUUAAUCCCCCGCGUUCUUUCCGAAUUCCUUGACUGUUUGCAGGACUUUGGCCUCGCCACAGUCGCUGCGGGUUGUCUACGCUCAAUCCUUCUUAGCCCUCAAGCCCCAACCCCGCGCUCCGCGACUGACGACGCAAUAGCCCGCUUCCUUUUACCCCGACUCAUCGCGUUCAUCACUAGCAUGCCCGCCAGCGCUGGUAGUGAGCAUGAGAUACCCGUUGACCCCGAAAAUGUCAAAGGAGUCGUUACCCUUGCUCUUGUAUCGUGCAUUGGAUCAGGCACAAUUGCGCCGGGUGGAGUGCCAACAGCAUUGGCCUUAAUUAUCCCUGCGCUGUUGGUUCGGGCGAAGAAUGAAGGGAAGGGUGCCUAUAAAGAGAUAGCCGCCAGGCUUCUUGAACUAGCGAAGAUUCACGCUGUAACAUUCAGAGCCGUGGUGGCGGGUAUGGAUGCUGAGCGAAGAUCUUUUACAGAGGACAUCCUGAGGAGUGGCGGGAUUGUUGGCGAUGGCGGGAGGGAGGGGAGAGGUGGCACUGCUGCGGGAGUGGAAGGGGAGGAGAAGAAUGUGCCGAGCAUUGCGCUCCGGAUGGACUUUUAA